AUGUUUAAAUAUCAUUAUGAAUCAGGUGUAGAUGAUUUGAUUCUGAAAUUGCAAAAAUAAAUUAGAACCACUAAUUUUGAAUUAAAAAGAAUGAAUAGAUUUUUUCUUCCUUAAAUAAUAAACAAGAGUUGUGAAAGUGAUAAAAAUAAAAGGGUUCUUAAAACUUUGGAAGAUCCAAUAUUGAAAUCAUUUUCAAAUUAAAAACAUAUUGAUCGUAGCGAAAAUUCUAUUCAUAAUAAAUCAUAUGAAGUAAAAAAAAGUAAUUUUAUGAAACCAUCAGCUGAAUUAGAUAAAAUAGAUGAAUGUUAGGUAUUUGUUUGGAGAAUUCCAAAUAAAAAACCUAACCCUCUUUUAAGAAAUUAGCGAUUGACAACAUUGUAAAGAUGA